GGCCCUCGAAGCCCUCUCCCGAGCAGAAGAAGCCAGCCGCCCCCAAGGCCGCCCCCAAGAAGACCUCCACCCCCCGCAAGCCCAAGCCGGCCUGCAAGAAGCCCUUCAUGGGUGCCGGCCGUCCCAAGGGAAGCAAGAACAAGAACGCCACCAAGAACAAACCCCCCGCCAAGCGCAACAAGAACGCCAAGCGCACCACGGCCCACGACCUCCUCGCCUCCAUCCAGGACGACGAGAUCCCCACCAACGCGCAGGUCAAGGCCGACUACGGCUUCUCGCGCUGCUACAUCACCCUCGACCAGAGCAAGCUUUACAAUGUCUACCGUACCAUUCUCGAGGACUUUGAUGUCAAGCCUGAGGAGCUCCACGAGUGGCUUCACCAUGAGGAUGGUCUGAAGAAUGUCGCGGAGGAGAUCAAGGGCAAGUUCGAGACGUUGCUGGGCCCUGAGGAUUACCAGGGUGAUUACAAGUGGUUCCUUGAGAACCAGUAUAUAUGGGAUCCCGAGGACUUUGCGAGUGAGGCUAAGGCUGCGCGCGCUGCGAAGGAGUUGAAGGAGUACUAUGAUGCGAACAAGCGCCCUGGCGACGACUUCGAUUGGUACUCUUGAGCGAGUCCAAGGGUCGGCAAUAUGAUUCUCUCAACACUAUGAGGGAAACUGCUUGACAUUAGCGUGAGGAGGUACACACAAAUGUGAGUUUGAAGAUCUUUCCAAAGAUAAGAC